UACCCACACCACAAUGAUAUCGUCCAAAACUAGCAACCGCAUAUGCCUCUGCUCCCCACAGCAAACGGCACGGAUCACUAGGAUUGUUGUCUCCUCUCGCCCAGUUUAUCUGACGGGGCUUGGUUAUCCGGUUUCCCUUCGACUCAGCUCAGCUGUAUCUCAGUCCUCCUCCGAACACACCCGCAGCUUUUCAUCCACAAGGGCUGCUCAUCUGAAGGAUUUCUUCCCGGUGAAGGAGACGGCCUAUAUACGGAAGACACCGCCAGCAUGGCCUCACCAUGGUUAUACCGAAGAGGAAAUGUUGGCAGUGGUGCCUCAACACCGAAAACCCGGAUCACUCAGUGAUUGGCUUGCCUGGAAGCUGGUCCGUCUGUGUCGAUGGGGAACAGACAUCGCCACCGGCAUAAAGCCCGAACAGCAAGUCGACAAGUCAAACCCAACCACUGCUGUGGCGGCACAGAAGCCGCUGACAGAAGCUCAAUGGCUUGUUCGGUUCAUUUUUCUCGAAUCCAUUGCCGGCGUCCCUGGAAUGGUGGCAGGUAUGCUACGGCACCUUGAGAGCCUCAGACGCCUCAAACGGGACAAUGGCUGGAUCGAAACCUUGCUCGAGGAGUCAUACAAUGAAAGAAUGCAUCUUCUCACCUUUAUGAAGAUGUGCGAGCCAGGCUGGUUCAUGAAGACGAUGAUUCUCGGGGCGCAGGGUGUCUUCUUCAACGCCAUGUUCCUGAGCUACUUGAUCUCGCCACGAAUUACACACCGUUUCGUUGGCUACCUCGAGGAGGAAGCGGUCCACACCUAUACUCGAUGUAUCCGGGAGAUUGAACAAGGCGAUCUUCCCAAGUGGUCUGAUCCGAACUUCCAGAUUCCCGAUCUUGCUGUCACGUACUGGAAGAUGCCCGAGGGAAAACGGACCAUGAGGGAUCUUAUCCUUUACAUUCGUGCCGAUGAGGCAGUUCACCGCGGUGUGAACCACACCUUGAGCAACCUCAACCACAAGGAGGAUCCCAAUCCUUUCGUCAGCGACUACAAGUGCGAUGCUGACCAUCAACGACCCAACCCGGCGCUCAAGCCGACUGGGUUUGAGCGGAGCGAGGUCAUUGGUUGAAAAAUGAUGGUUUAAAAUAACCAGGGCGAGGACGUCUGUUCGACAGCAAACUGCAUCAAUUCUACGUAUUUGGUCAUAUUUGGGCUCUAUUAUAGGCAUCUUGGUGGGCAUGGUAGAGGUUUGGCGGCGUUAUCAUGGCUUAGACAGGAUACCAGCACCUCCUCUCAUUGACCAGGCUUUUGGCGCAUUCGGGUAAACAAAAUAUAAGUAACCAGACGAAGUAUAAUACUGAAUAAUGCACUGCUUUCUGUAUCUAGUGAUCUGCGCGGGUAGGGGAGC